CUCGUUGCUUGACAGGUCUCCAGGCUGCUCUCCAUGAUUCUUCUUCUCGGGCUGUUCCUCAACAUUCACCGUCUUCUACACCUUCUAGGAUCGCUCACCAAUGCCGCCGGUAUCUGUCCAUCAGCUCUACCAACGUCUUGAAACCGUAGGGAAGGGCGCAUACGGGUCGGUACAUAAGGGCAGGGACUUGCGCACGGGUGAGGUAGUGGCGCUCAAGAUCAUUAACCUGGACACGGAGGACGAUGAUGUAGGAGACAUACAGCGCGAGGUUGCGCUCCUCACCCAGCUCCGGGACGCCCCCAACGUCACGAAGUACUUCGGUUGCUAUAUGGACGGGCCCAGGGUGUGGAUUGUCAUGGAGUACGCGCAGGGAGGCAGCGUACGGACGCUCAUGAAGGCAUGCAAGGACGGCGUGGUGGAAGAGAAGUACGUCUCGGUCAUCAUCCGCGAAGUCCUGAACGGCCUCAGCUACCUUCAUAAAUCGUCUAUCAUCCACCGCGAUUUGAAGGCCGCUAAUAUCCUCAUCACCUCCACUGGGAAGGUGAUGAUAUGCGACUUCGGUGUCUCUGCGCUCCUAGUCACGGCUUCCAGCAAGCGCAACACUCUGGUCGGUACGCCACACUGGAUGGCGCCCGAGGUCGCGCAUGCGUCUGCGUACGACUCCAAGGCUGACAUCUGGAGCUUGGGCAUCAUGAUCUACGAAAUGAUCAAGGGGAGCGCCCCGAACUCGCACAUUGUGGACCAGGCGAAGCUCAUUCAGCUUAUCCCGCGCAUGAAACCGCCGAGGUUGAAUGAGGGAGAGGGUAGCAGAGAACUUCGGGACUUUGUGGCGGCGUGCUUGCGAGAAUCUCCAGCAGAUCGGCUUUCUGCGGACGAGUUAUCGAAGACGAAGUGGAUCGUCUCGGUCCGCAAAGUCCCUGUGACUGUUCUGAAGGACUUGAUCCUCCGCUAUGAUGCAUGGACCAAGGGCGGCGGCUCGCGUGCGAGUAUGGCUCAACCUCUUCCAUGGGAGGAAGAGGAGGAACGAGAGCGCAAUCCGCAAGCAGACGCCGUGUACGAGGACGACAAUCCUUGGGAAUUUGAUACGGUCAGAGGGAGAUCGUCACUCAGUCUAGACAAUUUUGAGGUGGACAACUCACUGCUCGCAAUGUUGGAAGACGAGUCAAUAGGCGAGCAAUCAACUGUCCGACCGCCACCCACCAACGUCCCAGCCACGCUGCGGAACCUCUUCGAUUAUGGUGACCCCCCACCACCUGAGCCGUUCCGCAUGCCGACGUUUGACUCGCCCUACGAUGACCCUCUGAUGACGAAUCCAUCUCUUAACCUUUCAGCCGCCCUCCCUACACGUGGUCGUAGCCCUUCGAAGGGUUUGACUACCCCGGAGCCUACUCUCGGAGAGGACCUGCGUACUGCGAAACAGUCGAGCUUUGUGUUCCCUCCACGAGCGCCUACCCCUCGCUCAAAAACCCCCGGCGCGGAACAGGAUGAGGGCGAGCUGCCUCCUACUUCCCCGAUCGAGCGAAAGCGAGAUCGCCUCCCUCCUCUCGGUCCCGGGAUACCACGGAUGCUCGCACCGAUCUCAACCUUAUCGGAUAAUGACAGCAAGCCUCCGGCUUUGUCGUCCAACAAGUCUGCACCAACAUAUCGUGAGAUCCGUUCCAACCGCGGUGUGCCGGACAUAGAAAUUCCAGGGCCUUCACCUAUAGAAGCGUCGGUCGACAGUCCCCCUCCUAUCGUCCUAUCUACGUCAUCUCCCGAGCGUACGACGCCCAGCCGACCAGCUCCAAACCGGAAACGGUCCCAAAGUAGCGCCCCUGGCCUGGCGUCUCCUUCCACCUCUGGCAUCACGUCUGCCACACCACGAGAACGCAACCUCGUAACCCCUGACUUCCGUUUUCCACCCCUCUCCCCCAGCCUCAGUGCUGACCGAAACAAUACUGCUCCUUCCCCCGUACCGACUUUUCGACUACCCCAUGGCCAUAACCGACGAUCACCCACACAUUCCAGUGUGUCCACUAUUUCCACGAUAUCCACCGUUUCCACUACGUCUAGUGUCCACCAAACUUCUCAGUCUCUGGAUGCAUCCAUUCUCCCCAAACGUCUCGCUUCACCUGGUGGCUCCCUCCCAAUGCCGCCGCCGAUUAUGCGGGCACGGUCAGCGACAGCGACGACAGAAGCAAGCCCGUUCUCCGCCGCGCAGAGCCUGAUUAUGAGUCCGAAGGGACCGUCGAGGCGGCCCAGUCUGCAUCGCUUAGGGUCUGCCUCUGUCCUCGAUAUGCCUACACGACCUUUUGCGAAAGGUCAAGAUCGGAGUGGUAGCCCUGUCGAGUCGUCAUUCAGUACAUCGUCGGGCAUCCCCCUGCCUGGUCUUCGAGACGUGUUGAAGAUCCCGACCAUCAACUUCGAGCAUAAACACGCCCACGCAGAUCUCUUGCCUCCGUCACCUGCACCCUACCCCGUACCUCCAAGAUCUGCCAAGUCACCCCUCACACAGCUGAACUCGACAGCGUCAUCUUCGACGACAUCUCUCAACUCCCUCUCCUCGCAGCCGAAUAUGUCCUCCACCGACCUUCGCUUCGCAUCCGACAGCUCCUACACGACACACUCACGAUCCCUCUCCCUCGGAGGGUCCCAGACGUUACCUCUUGUUCCGUCGGACAUGCCUCCAUUACGACCGCUCGAUCUAGGGCCGCUUAUGCACUCGCACGAAUUGACGCACGCGGAGCUCGCGCGGACAGUGGACGAGCUGCAGAGCUGGAUGCAAGUCGUCGAGGCCGGGCUCGCACAGAUGCUCGACCGGGCCGCACAGGACCAGCUGACCAUCGAGGAGGAGACGGAGGACGCGGGUGUGUUCGACCCUCGGCUCGACGACGAUCCUCUGCGGCUCUCGGACGGCCGGACGGCGACCCCGCAUCCGUAUCCGUUGCCUCUUCCCUUGGAGUAGCGGGUCUCACGGGCCGGACACUGCUGAACCGGUCGUUGACUGCCACUGUGCCUGUUGUUGUCUGUGUCGUUCGGUUUCACUCGUGCUUGAGCCUGUGACUGACUUUGAGUGUUCGCCUGUAUCAUCGGUCCGCGCUAUAGAGACAUUGCUGUAUGUACAGUAUAUCAUGACCGGCUCCCUGCAACUCUGUAUGCUUACACUGCGGCUCGCUGGCGUCGCUCGCAUUUUGCGUUCUUGACGCUUCGGUGGUCAUGCAUCCUUCUUUUUUCCCGGACUGUGGCUUCGUACUAUACGGCUAUUGACGAUGGCAGAUAUGUGAGACUGCAAGGAACGUGAAGCGAUACUGAUACCGGCACGCGUCCCAAGUGCGGGAUCCCAACCCAAAGACAAAUUGUUUUCGUACGCUACGUGGCCCCUGGCGGUGACUCACGCACUGGACCACAGUCAAUGACAUGAUUCGU